AUGUUGGGGAUCGUGCCGUAUAUCACCACGUCGAUCAUGAUGCAGCUGCUCGUCCUGGUAUUCCCGAAGCUGAAGAAGAUUUCCCAGGAGGACGGUGGCCGCAAGCGCAUCCAGCGCUACACGCGCAUCGCCACGGUCGGCGUCUGCAUCAUUCAGUCGUUGACGGUCACGACAUUCGCCGGCCAGAUCCCCGGCGCUAUCAUCAUGGAUCGCAUCCCGUUCACGCUGCUGGCGACCGUGACGGUAACCGCGGGCACGAUCUUUCUGAUGUGGCUCGGCGAGCAGAUCACCCAGCGCGGCAUCGGCAACGGGAUAUCGCUGCUUAUCUUCGCCGGCAUCGUCGCACGCAUUCCGGACGCGAUCUACCUGAUGAUCAAUCAGGUGCAGCGCGGGGACCUGAACCCGGUGUUCUUCGUUCUCGUGCUCGGCGCGUUCAUCGGCGUGAUCUCACUGGUGAUCUAUGAACAGCAGGGUCAGCGGAGGAUCCCCGUCAACUACGCCAAACGGGUCAUCGGCCGCAAGGUGUACGGCGCGCAGAACGCAUAUCUGCCGUUCAAGAUCAAUCCGUCCGGCGUCAUCCCGGUGAUCUUCGCUUCCUCUGUUCUGAUCUUUCCCCUGCAGAUCGCUCAGAACCUGGGCGGCGACCUGCCGUGGCUUUCGCGGUUCGCCGGUUGGCUGACGCCGAACGGCCUGCCGUACAUGCUGUUCUACGCGCUGCUGAUCGUGUUCUUCGCCUACUUCUAUACGCAGGUCACUCUGAAUCCCGUCGAGAUCAGCAAGCAGAUCCGUGAGAACGGCGGCUCGAUCCGCGGCAUCAGCUCCGACAACAUGACGGAGUACCUUACCAGGGUACUCAACCGGAUCAUCCUGCCGGGAGCGCUGUUCCUGGCGGUGAUCGCCAUCAUUCCGUCGGUCAUCCAGGCGCUGUUCAGGUUUCCAUCCAGCGUUGCCUUUCUGAUGGGGGGCACGUCGCUGCUGAUCAUGGUCGGCGUGGAUCUGGACACGAUGAGUCAGAUCGAGGGGGCAUUUGAAAAUGCAUCAUCACGACGGUAUCGUCCGCAAGGGCCGCGUACGGGCCCGCAAUCUGUAGAGGCUAUUAUGAAAGUCAGAGCCAGCGUGAAGAAGAUGUGCGCGAAGUGUAAGGUCAUCAGGCGUCGCGGCGUCGUCCGCGUCAUCUGCGACAACCCGGAACACAAACAGCGACAGGGGUAA